UCACUGUGCUCAGUAAUCAGUAUGUGUUGACGCGCGGUUGGUGUUGGUUGUAUGUGUGUGCUGCGCUUGUUAUUUGUGAACUUGCGGUGUCUGCAAAAGGAAUACUCGGGAACUAAACGCGUCAAGUGAAUACUUUUCGACAGUAGAAAUAUAAUCGUAGGAUAAUUCAACAAGACACGAACUGAUGGAGUCUUCACUGGACGACCGGCACCGAGUAGGUGUGCCGGACGCUAUCCUGCUGGAGGACUACAUGAGCGAAGAGGUCUUCAGGGAUAACCUCAGGAAACGAUACAUGAACAACCAUAUAUACACGUACAUCGGUCAGGUGCUGGUGUCGGUGAACCCUUACAAGGAGCUUGGUCUGUACACGGACGCAGUCAUGGAGCAGUACAGGAGGAUCAACUUCUACCAGGUCCCACCCAGCAUUUUCGCCAUCGCCGAGAAUGCCUUCCGCUGCAUGGUGGCCGAGAGCAGCGAUCAGUGCAUCCUUAUAUCGGGGGAGAGCGGUGCUGGCAAGACUGAGGCGAGCAAGCAAAUUCUGCGGUACGUGGCGGCGGCGACGUUGCACCAGCACGACAUCGACCUGGUCAGGGACAGACUCCUGAAGAGCAACCCUGUGCUCGAGGCCUUCGGCAACGCCAAGACAAACCGCAAUGACAACUCCUCCAGAUUCGGCAAAUACAUGGACAUCGAGUUCAACUUUAAGGGCGACCCUCUGGGAGGACAUAUCCUGAACUACCUGCUGGAAAAGUCCCGCGUCGUGCACCAGGAGACCGGCGAGAGGAACUUCCACAUCUUCUACCAGCUGCUGGCAGGUUCUUCUCAGGACCUGUUGGACAAACUGCACCUGCAGCGUGACCCUCAGCACUACUUCUACCUCAGACAGGGCUCGUGUAGUCGCGUGGACUCCAUCGACGACAAGAAGGACUGCGAUGCUGUCAUGGCGGCGCUGCGGGUCAUCGACUUUUCUGAGGAGGAAAUUGAUUGCAUUUUUAGGAUCGUGGCGGCUAUCCUGCACCUCGGCAACGUAUCCUUCAGGGCGAAGGAUGAUGGCAGCGCCGUGCCUGUCAGCAGCGACCAUGUCAAGCAUGCUAGCCUCCUGCUGGAGUGUGGGGAGGAGGCCCUCGCGACGGCUCUCACCCACCGCACCAUCGAGGCGAGGGGAGACGUCGUGUGCACCCCCCUCAGCGUCGACCAGGCGGGCUCAUGUCGCGACGCCUUAGCUAAGGCGACGUACGAGCGCCUGUUCAACUGGCUGGUGGAGCGCCUGAACGCCUCCCUGCGCUCCACCGUCAAGGCCAAGAAGACGCUCCUCGGCAUCCUCGACAUCUACGGCUUCGAGAUCUUCAACAAGAACGGGUACGAGCAGUUCUGCAUCAACUACUGCAACGAGAAACUGCAGCAAGUGUUCAUCGAACUCACACUGAAGAGCGAGCAAGAGGAGUACCGCAGGGAAGGCAUUCAGUGGGAACAAGUUACGUACUUCGAUAACAAGAUCAUCUGUGAUCUCGUCGAAGAGAAACACAAAGGCAUAAUUUCUCUGAUGGACGACGAGUGCCUGAGGCCCGGAGACGCUACGGACCUGACGCUGCUGGCGGUCCUGAACAAGCAACUUGCUGACCACAAGCACUUCUCCUCCUACGAGACUGUCAGCACCCACGACAAGCAAAAGAAGACGUUCGGCAAGGAGGAGUUCAGGCUGCAGCACUACGCAGGCGAGGUCUCCUACAGCAUCCAGGGAUUCCUCGACAAGAACAAUGACCUCCUCUACAGGGACCUCAAGCAGACCAUGUCUUCCAGCACCAACGCCAUCGCCGCCAAGAUCUUCCCUAAGGCGGAGUUGGUGGCCAAGAAGCGCCCAGUGACGGCCGCUACGCAGUUCAAGCUCAGCCUCUCGAAGCUCAUGAGCAUCCUGAUGUCCAAAGAGCCUUCCUACGUCAGAACUAUCAAGCCCAACGACCAUAAACGUCCUCUUGACUUCGACCAGCAGUUGGUGAGUCACCAGGUUAAGUACCUCGGCCUGAUGGAGAACCUUCGAGUUCGUCGCGCAGGUUUUGCCUACCGCCGCAGUUACGAGAUCUUCCUGGAGCGCUACAAGAGCCUCAGCUCCAAGACGUGGCCCAACUUCAAAGGCUCCCCCAAAGAUGGAGUUAAGCACAUCGUUGAAGCUCUCAAGUACUCAGAAGAUGAGUACAGGAUGGGUGCGACCAAGCUCUUCAUCAGGCUGCCUAAGACCCUCUUCAGGACCGAGGAUGCUUAUCAGGCACGUAAGCACGAGCUGGCCACGUACCUGCAGGCACGUGUGAAGGGCGUGCAGCAGCGGCGCCGCUACCUGCGCCUGAAGGAGGCGGUCACGUGCAUCGCUAAGCACUGGCGCGCCGUCGCCGCCAGGCGCCUCCUCGUCAGGCGUCGCUGGGCCGCCUCCGUCGUCAGGAUGUUCGUGAAGGGCUUCAUCACUCGUAACGAGGCCGUGAACGAGCACAACGCUCGCUUCCAGCAGCUCGUGAAGGCCGAGUGGCUCGUGCGUCUCAGCAAGCAACUGCCACAGCGCAUCCUGGACGACUCCUGGCCUGACGCUCCUGCGUCCUGCGCUGCCACCUCCCGUAUCCUGAAGGUGAGAGGUGUUAUCCUUGUUAUCCUGCACCUCCCGUAUCCUGAAGGCCGCAAGAGCAGCUACCCGGCGAGCGUCCCUGAGCGUUUCAAGGAGUCUCGUCUCAGCGCCGCUGAGGAGAGCCUUCUGAAGUCUGCCUUCGACACCGUCCACAAGCAGCAGGGCGAGAAGACCAAGUACCGCGUAUCUUGCACCAAGUACGACCGUCACGGCUACAAGCCCCGGGAGCGGCUGCUGGUGGUGACGACAGCGGCGCUCUACCUCCUCGAGUCCAUCAAGGACGACACCAAACUGAAGCUCAAGCAUCGCUUCCCUCUCAAGGAAAUCCACAGGCUCAUCGUCUCGCGAAACAACGACGCCUUCGUCCUCAUUCAAACGCCGCAGGAGAACCACGAGAAGGAUAAGGGCGACCUGAUCCUGCGCGUGCCGCACGUCAUCGAGCUCGUGACGAAGGUGGUGGCCCUCAGCGACAACCCAGAGGCCCUCACCGUCGCCGACUCCGACAGUAUCGAGCACUACAUGAAGAAAGGCAAGGCAGGCACCAUCCGCUUCGAUGUCGGGGCGGUCACAUCCAUCGACAAGAUCAAGGACACGCUCGUCGUGGUUGGCGCUCCAUAAACUGAGUUGCCAUCACAGCAGCAGGCCUCGCUGCCAUCACAGCAGCGGGCCUCGUUGCCAUCACAGCAGCAGGCCUCGCUGCCAUCACAGCAGCAGGCCUCGCUGCCAUCACAGCAGCGGGCCUCGUUGCCAUCACA